AUGGCCAAUUUCCAGAGUGCCAGCAAUCGGUUUCUGGCCUGGUUCAAGGAUUGUGGAGGCGUCUUCCGCGACGAUCUUCUGGAAGUUCGAGACCUAAGGUCCAAAGACGCCGGUCGCGGCAUCAUUGCGAAGCAGGAUAUUCCAGAGGACACCACCCUCUUCACAAUACCAAGGAACAUCAUCAUCAGUAUACAAACGUCAGACCUUGCCGAGAAACUUCCUGGAAUUUUUGAACAACCCGUAGAUGCGGAUGAUGACAACGAGGACGACGACAACGAGGACGACCAGGACCAUGAAUCCGAAGCAUUGGAUUCAUGGGGCUCAUUGAUCCUCGUCAUGCUCUACGAGUACUUGCAGGGUGAGGCUUCACGAUGGAAAACUUACCUUGACAUACUUCCGCAAGCUUUCGAAACCCCAAUCUUUUGGACACCGGAUGAACUAAAGGAACUCGAGGGCACAUCUCUUACAACGGAAAAGAUUGGAAAAAAGGAGAGUGACCGAAUGCUUCGUGAACGCAUUCUGCCCAUUGUCACAAGCCAUCCCGAUGUAUUUUCUCCGCCCGGCGCCCCUCGCCUAAACGAAGAUGACCUUCUCUCGCUCGCACAUCGCAUGGGCAGCACCAUCAUGGCAUACGCUUUCGACCUUGAAAAUGAAGAGGAGCAAUCCGAGGACGAAGAGGAUGGUUGGAUCGAGGAUCGAGAUGGCAAGAGUCUGAUAGGAAUGGUGCCCAUGGCAGACAUGCUCAACGCCAACGCCGAAUUCAACGCUCACGUCCACCAUGGUGACCAGCUGCAAGUCACCUCCCUCCGCGAGAGCAUCCCUGCCGGAUCGGAGAUAUUGAACUACUACGGGCCUUUACCUUCAUCCGAGCUACUUCGGCGAUACGGCUACGUGACAUCUGAACACCACCGUUACGAUGUUGCUGAAAUUUCUUGGAGCCUUGUUCGCACAGCACUUGCCGAAGAACUGAAACUAUCAGAAGAUACCAUCGCGGACAUUGAAAGAAAGCUGGAAUCGGAGCUGGAAGAGUUUUUCGUCAUCGAACGCGACGCGGGUGAGCCGUCGUCAUAUGGCACGUUAACCCAGCCACCAGUGCUUCGUGAAAUCUCAACUGAACUCGAAGAACAAACAAAAGCUUUCCUAAAAGCUCUAAAAAAGCGAGAUCCCAAGAGAAAGCGGAGCGAGACUAUAUGCAAUACAGUCUUAGAGAAAGCGUUGAGGACUAGGUUGGGACAAUACCCUACCUCAGCCAAGCAAGAUGAAUCGCUCCUCAGUAAAGAAGGUCUAAGCAAAAGGCAUCGCAUGGCUGUUGAAGUAAGAUUAGGCGAAAAGCGCUUAUUGCAGGAAGCAUUGGCCCUGGUCCAAGCCGGCAAGAAUACGGUGCGUGAGCAUGAGGAGGAAGGACGAGUGGGAAAGAAGGCGAAGCGCGCAUCUUGA